AUGAGCCCCAUUGAGUUACCUCCAUCGACUUCCAAAGAAGUAGACAGGAGGCAAUCGCAUGACUAUCCGAACAUGACGAAAGGCAACCCAAUACAAGGAAAGGUGUUUAACCACCAGUCCUUCCCCCCUCCAACACCCCACACACACCCCAUUGUUUCCAGAGACAUUGUAAAAUGUAACCAGCGCCGUGAGGGAAUAGGGCAUAAGCCGCUAUCGAAUUGCUUCUAUGGCGGCGCGUUUCCGCAGUGCCUGACUUGGUACUUUGGUUUUAUCCAAAGCGCAGGGUGUCCGGGGACUUUCUCCCAAAGCAAGAUUGAAAAGAGAGCAAAGCUUCCUUUUGUGCGUGAGCUUUGA